GCGUUGUAACCAAUGUAGCCGUCAGGUGGUUACUGUAACCAGUCAAUCCGUCAGGUGGUUGGGGUAAUUGUUAUAUAUAUACUUAGGCCUGAUUCCUGUAACGUUUAAGUUCUCUUUAGUCUUCUGACCCUGACUUCUCAAUACGUUUAUUGCAAUGGCGGAACCCAAGAACAUCAAGAUCAUCUACUUCGACGCCAGAGGACGCGCCGAGCUGUGUCGUCUGAUGCUAGAGGCUGCCGGGAGGAAGUACGAUGACGUCAGACACACCAGGGAGUCAUGGCCGACGGAAAAACCCAAUACGCCUUUCGGCCAAAUGCCAGUUUUGGAAGUCGAUGGCCAGAGAUUUGCACAGAGUGUUGCCAUGGCAAACUACAUUGCUCGAUUGUGUGGAUUUUACGGUAAGACAAACCUUGAUGGUCUGAAGAUCGAUCAAGUCGUCCAAUGUGUCCAGGAUUUUCUACAAGCUGGUGUCAAAUCUUUCUAUGAAAGUGAUGAGACUAAAAAAGCUGAAGCUUUAAAAAACUUGCAAGAAGUUGAAGUACCAAAAUACCUCAACAUUUUUGAAAAGCUGUUGAAAGAAAACGGCACUGGCUACUUUGUUGGAAAUUCACUGACUCUUGCAGACUUUAGUGUCUAUGAUCUGCUCUACUCCUUCACAAUCCGAAAAAUCCUAACCCUUGAAGCUCAUCCAUUACUUCAAGCCCUUUACAGCAAAAUCGAAGGCCAUGAAAUGAUUAAAGAAUAUUUGGCCAAGAGGAAACCCACAGAGCAUUAAACUGGCCAGAUUUUUUUUGUGCCCCAGUUUUAUUGUUAGAUGCAAACUUGUGCAAUUGAUGUAGUAUUUUAUCUUUUUUUUUUUUUUGCUGUUUUUGGUUGAGUAUUAGAGGUUAUAAAGUAUUACAAACAAAGUCUAGAGAAGAUUUUACUUUGAUUUUUGUUAGGAAUGUUAAGUUUUACUGCCAUUUAAAUCAGUAGUGUGUAGAGCUGUUGGUUCUGUCAGUAAUUAUUUUUUUUUUACCUGGGCAAUUAUUUUAGCAACAUAAAAAAAUAACCCCCGAAAAAAAUCUAACAAAUUAUUAAAAUUAAAAAUUUCCUAGUCUUUUAAGGCAUUACUGGUGCUCAUAGAUCUAUAUUUUUAAUAAGAAAUAUGAUCUUAUAUUUUAAUAAUUUAUUCGAUUUGAAAAUGAAAUCGUAUGCGGUAGCUGAAUGAAUUGUAUUUCAGUACAAAGUUUCCAUGGAGCAACUUUUUUCUGGCUGCAUUUUUAUGUGGACUUUUUGAAUGUAUCGUAAACAAAACUUAUAAAGUGAGAAAAUAAAAAUUACAAAAAUAACAAGUCUUGUUGUGAGUUU